GGCCCCCGCCCUUCCUCGGGAAGCGGGCGAGGCCUGCACCUGACGUAAGACGAGAGGGUAGCAACAGUUGCCUCGAGACCCCGCGCGAGGCGCCAUAGUGACCGUAGUCCUGGAGACUGUUACUUGCCAACGGUAGCAACACGCAGCCCCGGCAGCCGGAGCCCAGCGCAGCCCGGGGAGCCCGGCGGGGAGGGCAGCAGUGAGCAUGCAGAAUUCAGAGGGCGGAUCAGAUUCAGCGACUUCUGUGGCACUGCGUACUUCAGCGUCUGCUCAAGCUCCAGUAGUGCAGCCAGUGCCAGCCUCCCAGCAGAGGGUUUUGGUUCAGACAACAAGCUCUUCUCCCAAAGGAGCACAGAUGCAGCAGAUCUCCAUUCCCAGAGUUCAGCAGGUCUCACAGCAGGUGCAAACUGUGCAGCAUGUGUACCCAAGCCAGGUCCAGUAUGUGGAAGGAGGAGAGGCUGUCUACACCAAUGGAACCAUCCGAGCCGCCUACUCCUACAACACCGAAGCUCAGAUUUAUGCCCCCAGCAGCGCAGCUUCCUAUUUCGAACCACAGGGAGGUGGAGCACAGGUGACUACAGCGGCAUCCUCUCCUACAGCCAUUCCCUCUCACAGCAUGGUGGGCAUCACUAUGGACAUUGGGGGAAGUCAGAUCCUCUCCAGCUCGGGAGCCUAUCUCAUUCAUGGGGGGAUGGAAAACACUAGACACUCUCUGUCACUAACUUCACGCUCCUCUCCAGCAACGCUUGAAAUGGCGAUUGAAAAUCUACAAAAAAAUGAAGGGAUUACAUCACACAAAAGCAGUUUGCUCAACAGCCAUCUCCAGUGGCUGUUGGACAAUUAUGAGACUGCUGAGGGUGUGAGUCUUCCCAGGAGCUCGCUGUAUAACCAUUACCUGCGGCACUGCCAAGAGCACAAACUGGAUCCAGUGAAUGCUGCUUCCUUUGGAAAACUGAUUCGUUCUGUGUUCAUGGGGCUGAAAACUCGGCGCUUGGGAACAAGGGGAAACUCCAAGUAUCAUUAUUAUGGGAUCCGUCUAAAGCCAGAAUCUCCACUGAAUCACUUACAGGAAGACACCCAGUAUAUGGCGAUGAGGCAACAGCCCAUUCACCAGAAACAAAGGUAUAGACCUGCACAGAAGAUGGAUGGCAUAAGGGAGAGUGGAUCCAACAGUAGCCUGCACACUACUCCAGAACAGUCAGUUGCAGCUCAAAGUCAACACCAUCAGCAGUUUAUAGAUGUAACCCAUGUCUUUCCUGAUUUCCCGGCACCUGAUCUAGGAAAUGUCCUCUUACAAGAGGGGGUCACCAUGAAUGAUGUCAAGAUGCUACAGCUUCUUUACAGACGACACUGUGAGGCAACUUUGGAUGUUGUAAUGAACCUUCAGUUUCAUUACAUUGAGAAGCUGUGGCAGUCCUUCUGGAGUUCUAAAACAACAUCUAGUGAUGGCUCUACCACUGUGCCUUCCAGUGAAGAAGAACACGAAGGGGUCAUCCCAAAGGACAAGCUCAUCACUCUGUGUAAAUACGAUCCUAUCCUGAAAUGGAUGAGAAGCUGUGAUCACAUCCUGUAUCAGGCCCUGGUAGAGAUCCUCAUCCCUGACGUGCUGAGGCCGGUGCCUGGCACCUUGACGCAAGCCAUCCGCAAUUUUGCAAAGAGUUUGGAAGGAUGGCUGAUGAAUGCAAUGAGUGAUUUCCCCCCGCAGGUAGUCCAGACAAAGGUUGGAGUAGUGAGUGCCUUUGCACAGACGUUACGGAGAUACACUUCCCUGAACCAUCUGGCUCAGGCAGCUCGCGCUGUGCUCCAGAACACCUCCCAGAUAAACCAGAUGCUCAGCGACCUCAAUCGAGUGGACUUCGCCAAUGUGCAGGAGCAAGCCUCCUGGGUGUGCCAGUGUGAAGAAGGCAUGGUGCAGAAGCUGGAGCAGGAUUUCAAACUCACGCUACAGCAGCAGAGCUCCCUCGAUCAGUGGGCCAGUUGGCUGGAUAACGUUGUCACCCAAGUUCUAAAGCACCAUGAGGACAGCCCCAGCUUCCCCAAGGCAGCUAGGCAGUUCCUGCUGAAGUGGUCCUUCUAUAGCUCUAUGGUGAUCCGUGACCUCACCUUGCGCAGCGCUGCCAGCUUUGGUUCCUUUCACCUGAUUCGCCUGCUCUACGAUGAAUACAUGUUUUAUCUGGUAGAGCAUCGUGUUGCCCAGGCAACAGGGGAGACACCAAUUGCUGUCAUGGGAGAGUUCAGUGACCUUGCAUCCAUGUCCUCAACACUGCUGGAUAAAGAUGACAUUAGUGACCUUGGAGGCGAGGCAGACGCAGAUUCCCGAAGUGUCGGCGAGCCACUAGUGAAGCGCGAACGUAGCGACCCUGGCUACUCACUGCAAGAGAUCUAGAACGGGGACUUGGGUUUCCUCCAGCCAGAUGAAAUGUCUGAAGACUUUUGGACCCGGGUUUGAAAGUCAAGCCUGAAUUGCCUAGUACUCGGCGAUAUUAGUGCCUCUUAGUUUAUCUUAAUGUUUACUUCUGUUCGGGAAAGGGUUUAAGGCCGUGUGAGCAUGUGUAAAGGAUGCAGCGGUUUGUGAAGAGGGUAGUAGUUUGUCCGUACAGGAAGAGUCGAUUGGAAGCCUGCUUUCUCCAUCUUUCUACAUGUAAAAGGAGCACGAUUGGUAGGUGAAGGGUGGUGGUUCAAAAAAAAUUCACGAAGGACAAUGCCUUCGUGGUUGACAAUGAAUUGAACUGCCUGGCCUUGGGAUGCUCCCAGGACUGGUUGCUUGAGUCCUGUUCACCUGAUCAGGUUGCUUUGGAGUAGAGGAGGUCAGAUUAGGGAUUAAGGGGGGCUUCUGUUUCAGGGGGCGGGGUUUGGGUUUCUUCUCCGCUUUUUCAGACUUCACUGUGAUAUGGAACUUGCACCAGUCAGUGCCCGAGAAGAACCCUCCUAUGCCCUUUUGGGAUGGGGCGUCCAGCCUGGCCGUUCACACUGUGGGAUUACAGUACAACCUUCUCUUGUACCUACCCGGAGAGAAGGGCCCUGUGCUGUGUCUGUCUGACCCGUGCAGGGUGGUGCGUAGUGUGUAGUUUGGGCUUUGCAUGACACAACUUUCCUACCCGAUCCUCUGUUACUUGCUGUGUAUUGCUGCUUUUAGUCCAUGGCUGAUUCUGUGACCGCCCUGUAAAUGAUUCAGAACUCGGACUCUCACGGGAGCGUCUGGGACCCUUUCCGUCUGAUCUGAGAUACCAAAGGACUUGGAGGAAACAGCAGCUGGUCACAACAUUUGGUCUUUGCCCUCCAUACUCUAAUGCGAACAGUAACUGUAGGGAGAGAACAAAAGGAAUAAGGUAGGCACAUCCUCACCGGGAUAUUUCAGUGCAAGGCAGAUUUAGGCCCAGAGCCUCAGCACCUGUUAUAAUUUUUAAGAGUCAGAUCUGCUAUGCUGCCAAAAUGUUGAAUGUAGGGGGGCGGGGGGCAGCUAACCCAGGGCACAGGCCCGGGGCAUGAGCAUGGAUGCUGGGGUUACAUUGCAGUGCCUUAGGGAGGACUGGCGCACCUGCUUUCCUCUGCCGUUCCAGUUUAAACUGGUACAGUAGUGCCUGUCGCUCGGAAUACGAGGUCUGAAAACAGUAAAUUAACCAGUUUCCAUGUAGCAUUCGUGAGCAAAUUGUGGGGCACUUUGGCCAGGUUCAUGCUCCACCCCACAGUGGCAACUCCCAGCCGUGUAUCAUUUACCACUGCAGAUCAUUCUCAUUGCUGUGACCGAACACUGAACACAUGUGGCUUAGAGAACUCUGUCCCAAUGUGUUUAUGUACACUGCUAUGUCCUGUAGGGCUCAUGUUAUGUCAUUACCUACGCGGUGUGAGAAGGGACAAAAUUCUAGCAUCAAACCAAACUAAAAAAAAAAAAAAGUGCAAAUCUUUGUGAAUAAAUGCGGUGUCAUAACUAGCUUUUAUUAUUUCUGAUUUAUGAGUAUUUACUGUGAGCUUUCCCCAAACUGAUAUGCAAAUGCACACGAGAAAGUAUAAUCUAUCCACCAUAUAAUACUCAUUAAUUCCAAAAGGUACUAGCAGUGCAGUAGCAAUUUUUUUUAAAGGGUGAGAGCUAAGGGAAAGGAGGCUAGUGGCAGAUCUUCCUACACUGGGCUACAGUACAGUUGUCCAUGCGAGGGUGCUGUGUCUAUAUAAAUAGGUCACAAACUCAGGGAGAGACAUGGAAAAGUGUGACUUGUUUGCCAUUCUUUACAAAUUUAGUUCUGCAAUGUCUACUGUCCUAGCCACCUCCGAUGCAACCUGCAGUCUUACGUUCCCUUGCUCCUGAAGAAUUUGAUGUUAAUUGCAGCGGUUCAUCUUUGCAGCUUGUAGCCACUGACUGCAUCAGACGUCUGCUUGCCACGUAAGUGCAAGUGAGAAUACAGGUGAGGCAGGCCAGCUAUUUUGAUAGAUGCCCAAACUGGACAUGCACAAAAAUCCCAGUUAAAAAAAAAGAACAGUAAUAAAAAUGUAUUGAGCACUCAGAGCUAUACAAGAACAAAUUCUUAUGGCCCCAGCUCCUUCUUUAUCUGCCCAAACCCUACUGCCGUUGGCCGCUGCCGUAGCCGUUCAGAAGGCGAGCGUGGGGUCCACCAAGGCGGUCAGCUUAAAGCAAACCUGGUCACCUCACUUUUCAGGCUUAGCCUUUGGCAUGUGAUUUUUUUGGCCUGAGCCAGCUGCUGAUUUGCCGUUGGAGUUAUCUGCUUGGGCUACGGGGUUCUGUGCUGGGCUGUCUGCCAUGAGAGAAGAGGAUAGGACCACACAGUGAGUUGGCACCUUAGAGCCUUAAUUACAGUAAAUACUUUACUGCGCCCUCUCCAGCCUUUAAUCAUUGUCACGGGAUGGAAGGGAACGGGGGGAGAGACACUGGAGACAUGACAGUCCACCCCCUGGAACAUAUUCUCCUCCAACUACCAUAUAAACAUGGUUCACAGAGGCAGGUGGUGGAGGUAAGAGAGAGGCCUUUGUACCUAUAUCAAACUAUCUUUAUAUAGCCUCCCAUGUGGCAUCGAUACAGCGGCAGGGCUUUGGCCCUGUCCAGGGAAGCUUUCCCUCCACAUGAGUCUGAAAAACAAGAUUGAACAGAUGCUAAAAAGUUAGUGAUUCUGUGCUGGCCACAUGACCAGGGUGCACUGAAUGCUCAGGUCCAUUUCACGCCUACAGUCCAGCAAACGUACUCCCAAGUUGCUACUGUGCUGGCCAAAUAAUGAACACUCUCGGUGAAAUGUCCUGUGCAUGAGGCUUCCGCAUCAUCUCAAAUGCUGAGGGAAUAAAUAUCUACCUACCUAAGUCCUGCUACUGUCCUCACUGGAGCUACCUGGGGGAGGGAUGAGAGCAGGAUUGGACUCAGGAACUCCCAUGGAGCUUAACCCCUAAUCAUCCAUAGCCUAUGGAGACAGAGCAGAGGGGAGCAGCUGGCUGGGCCUCAGCAGCCCUUUCACAUCCCCAUCAACCUGCCCUUUGGCGGGGACACAGCCCCUAGCAUGCAGCUGCGGGACGGGAAGGCUGAGAAGUUUUCUGGACCCUGUGCUGGGGGCCCUGUUUCUAAACCCUUUGUGUAACACCCUAGACCGCAGAUGCUGAUUUGCUCACUUCCAGUAGUUUCUACAGAACACAGGCUUGCUGGCUGUGACUUAAUUCUCUUUUAUUUGGCAGCGGCUGAAAUAUGUAGAUGAGUUGUUAUUAACGAUUAAAGUGUCAGAAAAGGCCAAAUU